AUGACACAUGUAGCUCAAAUUCACAGUCUUCUCAUACAUUGCAGUCAUGCAAUAAUACCUAUUCUUCAACCAGCACCUCGUGAAUUGCCGUACAACACUGGGGAACAAUCCUUGCGAUUGUGCUUACAGGAAUUCGAUACAAGUACAUAAGAGAAUGAUAGGA